UCUGCAGACCAGUUUGUGGCAGAGCUGCUGCCAUGGUACCUAAGAAGUGGGCUUUGGCAGUUCUGCUGCUGCAACUCUGUAGUGCUGGCUGUGGAUUCUGUGGGAAGGUCCUCGUGUGGCCCUGUGACAUGAGCCAUUGGCUUAAUAUAAAGGUCAUUCUGGAGGAACUUACAGAGAAAGGACAUGAGGUAACAGUGUUGACUUUUCCACAUACUAAGCUCAUUGAUUACAGGAAACCCUCCCCUCUGAACUUCGAGGUAUUGCCUUCAGAAGUUCAGAAAGAAUCAGUGGAUAAUGUACAUGACAAGUUUCUGGACCUAAUUCUUAAUGUCUUGCCAAACUUAGAACCUUGGCAAUCAACGAUAAAAUUGAACAAUUUUUUUAUUGAAACAACUGAAAUUUUAAAAAUUAUGUGUGAGGGUGCAGUCUAUAAUCAGACAUUCAUGAAGAAGCUCCAGGAGACCAACUACGACGUAAUGCUUAUAGACCCUGUGCUGCCCUGUGGAGAGCUGAUUGCUGAAUUACUCAAAGUCCCUUUUGUGCUCACGUUAAGAAUAUCUACAGGAGGCAUGAAGGAGAAACACUGUGGGAAACUGCCAGCUCCACCUUCCUAUGUUCCUGUUCAGAUGGUGGCACUAACAGAUCAGAUGAGCUUUCUGGAAAGAGUAAAAAACACAAUGCUUUCAGUUUUCUUUGACUUCUGGAUCCGGGAUUAUGACAUUCAUUUUUGGGACCAGUUUUAUAGCAAGGCAUUAGGUGGACUCUCAGCUGCAGUCACCACACCUCUGGAUGUGGUAAAAACAAGAAUCAUAUUGGAAAAGGCUUGUUCUAGCACUGCUAGUAGGAAUGUCAUCUCUGCCCUGCAUGGAGUCUGGUGGAUAUGGGGACUGCCAGGAAUAUUUGCAGGAAGACCCACUACAUUAUGUGAGACUUUGGGGAAAGCUGAAAUUUGGCUAAUUCGAACAUAUUGGGAUUUUGAAUUUCCUCGUCCAUACCUACCUAAUUUUGAAUUUGUUGGAGGAUUGCAUUGCAAACCUACCAAACCAUUACCUAAGGAAAUAGAAAAAUUUGUUCAGAGCUCAGGUGAAGAUGGUAUUGUGGUGUUUUCUUUGGGUUCUGUUGUCCACUAUAUCACAGAAGAAAAGGCCAAUCUUAUUGCCUCAGCCCUUGCCCAGAUUCCACAGAAGGUUUUAUGGAGACACAGUGGAAAGAAACCAGCUACAUUAGGAGCCAAUACUCAGCUCUAUGACUGGAUACCCCAGAAUGAUCUUCUUGGUCAUCCCAAAACCAAAGCUUUUAUCACUCAUGGUGGAAUAAAUGGGAUCUAUGAAGCCAUUUAUCAUGGGGUCCCUAUGGUGGGAAUCCCCAUGUUUGCCGAUCAGUAUGAUAACAUUGCUCACAUGAAGGCCAAAGGAGCCGCUGUGGAAGUGAACAUAAACACAAUGACAAGUGCAGAAUUGCUCAAUGCCUUGAGAACAGUCAUUAACGAUCCUUUUUAUAAAAAGAAUGUGAUGAGGUUAUCAAAGAUUCACCAUGAUCAACCUGUAAAGCCCCUGGAUCGAGCGGUCUUCUGGAUCGAGUUUGUCAUGCAUCACAAAGGAGCCAAACACCUGCGGCCAGCCUCCCAUGACCUCACCUGGUUCCAGUACCACUCUUUGGACGUGAUUGGGUUCCUGCUGGCCUGUGCAGUAUCUGCUAUAUUCUUGAUCAUCAAAUGUUGUUUAUUUUUUUGUCUAAAAUUUGGUAAAACAGAAAAGAAGAAUAAAAGGGGAUAAAUCUUUCCAA